GUAAGCAAAUUCUGGAACGAACUAGUUUUAUUUUUUUAUCCAAACUCUUUUGGAUAUAUCGACACGACUCCAAUUCUCCAAAACAAAACCAUUUCCUUCUUCUUCUUGAUCAUUCGGUUUAUUCAAACCAAGGACGAGAAGAUGAAAGAUCCUUUCCUGUCCUUCGUUGUGCUCCUCUCUUUAUCUGCUCUGGUCUCUCAGACAAUCGCAAGAAGAGUCAAAGCUCCCUUGCUGCAGCAGAGCAAUACUAAUGGAUUGGUUUUCAGCAAAUCAUUCAAUUCAAUCUACGAUACUUCUAUGUACGGCCGCUUGCAGCUCAACAAUGGCCUCGCUCGUACUCCGCAAAUGGGAUGGAAUAGCUGGAACUUCUUUGCUUGCAAUAUCAAUGAAACAGUUAUUAAGGAAACUGCUGAUGCUUUGGUCUCCUCUGGCUUGGCUGAUUUAGGAUACAUACAUGUCAAUAUUGAUGAUUGUUGGUCCAAUUUGUUACGUGAUUCAAAGGGACGGUUGGUUCCACAUCCUGAAACAUUCCCAUCAGGGAUUAAAUUGCUUGCUGAUUAUGUUCAUUCAAAGGGUCUCAAACUCGGUAUAUAUUCUGAUGCUGGCGUUUUCACAUGUCAAGUUCGUCCCGGAUCCCUUUUCCAUGAAGUGGAUGAUGCUGAUAUUUUUGCUUCUUGGGGUGUGGAUUAUCUGAAAUAUGAUAACUGUUUCAACUUGGGGAUAAAGCCAAUCGAAAGAUACCCGCCAAUGCGUGAUGCUCUGAACGCAACUGGUCGCUCUAUCUUCUACUCGCUUUGUGAAUGGGGAGAGGAUGAUCCUGCCUUGUGGGCAAAAGAAGUUGGAAACAGUUGGCGCACAACAGAUGACAUCAAUGAUACAUGGGCAAGUAUGACUACAAUUGCUGAUUUGAAUGACAAGUGGGCUUCAUAUGCUGGACCUGGUGGUUGGAAUGAUCCGGAUAUGUUGGAAGUUGGGAACGGAGGGAUGACUUACGAGGAGUAUCGUGGUCACUUUAGCAUUUGGGCUUUGAUGAAGGCACCACUUUUGAUUGGUUGUGAUGUAAGAAACAUGACUGCUGAAACUUUUGAGAUUUUGAGCAAUAAAGAGGUUAUCGCUGUUAACCAAGACCCACUUGGUGUUCAAGGAAGGAAAAUUCAAGCCAACGGAGAAGAUGAUUGUCAACAGGUGUGGUCAGGGCCUUUAACUGGUGACCGUAUGGUAGUUGCGCUCUGGAACCGUUGUUCAAACCCUGCAACUAUUACAGCAACAUGGGAUAUGAUCGGUCUUGAAUCCACCGUUAGUGUCUCGGUUAGAGACUUGUGGCUGCACAAAGAUAUAACAGACAAUGCGUCUGUCUCUUUUGAAGCUCGAGUAGAGGCACACGACUGUCACAUGUACAUCCUCACUCCCCAGGCUGUUGUAUCACGCUCUGAUGUAUAGUCCUUUCUUGUGAGUGUUUGUGAACAACCUUUGUUAUGUACUAUCUUGUAACACAUGAAAGCUGUUGUUAUUCAGACAACUUUCAUAGUGUUCUUAUGUACAAAAAACCUUAAUACUUUUGUACAAAAAAACCUAAAUACGUAUGUGUUCAUGAAGUUACUAAAUAAAGAAAUACUUUUGAGGUGA